GGUAGUUAGAUUCUCCUCCCUCUUACAUGCUCCCCUUUAGUACUUGCCAUCAAGGUUCUAUGGAGUAUUAACGGAACACGUAUUGUACAUUAGGAGGUAGUUAUUAUUUCUUGACUCUUCCCUUGCUUGCUACCUACCUAGCUAGCAUUACUCUUUAGCAUUCAUUAGCAAUUCGUAAUUUCAACGUUACCAACACCAAGACGAGCAGAUGGCCCCCCGUCAAUCCGUCCUCCCACUCGCCUACCGAGCUUUCUUCCUCAUCAUCGAACCUAUAUCCGCCCUCGUUGGCGCCUUCUUUGCGCACUUCCGGCAGGAUGAAUAUCUCUCCAUGACAAUACAUGCCGAGACGCCAGUUCCUCUCGGGACGUCUGUAGUUCUCUCGCAGCUCGCCAACCUCUACUUACUAUUCGCACUUAACGAAGCCCUGGUGUUACGGUGUACAGGCGAUCUCCGGGUGUGGCGAACGGUGCUGUUCGUCUUAUUAGUCGCCGACUUCGGUCACCUCUACUCCGUGAGCGGGUUGGGAUCUUGGGUUUACUGGGACGUGACGCGUUGGAAUCCCAUCGAUUACGGGAACGUCAUGUUCGUAUAUCUAGGCGCGUCGAUGAGGGUCGCGUUUCUCGCCGGAGUUGGGCUGAGGGUAUCAUCCCCGACAAAGACGAAAAAGUCGGCUUGAAGAGAGUCAGUCUUGAGGAAUUCAAAACGACAAGUCAUAGUUAGGUACUCUAUGACGAACUUCGAAGUUGUACCUUUACUACAUACAUAUUAUCCCAACAGUAUCAAUCAUGAGCCUUCUAUCUCGGUACCAUACCCCCAACAAUCAAGGCUGAAUAUUUUUCCUUUUUCAAAGAAGCCUUACAAAACAUUUGGAACCCACAAUAAUUUCUUCGAAUCACUCGGUACAAUACGAUGAAAUACCGCACUGCCGGUUUUUAAGCCGUGGGGUUUAGCUCUAUCUCCGACCCAUUGUUAAUACCUACUACCUAUAUUCGGUUGGCUCCAAUCAGAUCGACUAACCAAAGAUA